GUUUUGUAAUGGUACGGGUGUUUGUCUUUUGAUCACGUGCGGUUUUCCUUUUUUUUUUUUUUGUUUUUUUUCACUUUUUGUUCACUGAAAUUGAAAGUAUCGACGAAAACAGUUUACACUAUCCAUAUCCUUGACAUUGACCAUGCCUAAGAAUACAUUGUAUGUCACUGGUUUUUCCAAAGAGUCCAAGGCAGCCGACUUGGCUCCGGACUUCGAAAAGUAUGGUGAUCUUGUAAGAUUAGAUAUUCCUCCUCCAAGAACUGAUGAUGGUGAAAAAUACGCGUUUGUUGAAUAUAAAAAUGCCGAGGAUUGUGAAAAAGCUUUGGAACUCGAUGGUAAACAGUUACCUUACGCUUUGAAAGAUGGCUUGGUUGUUCAACAAGCUAGAUCUGAUCCCUUCUCGGUGAGAAGAGGGGGGUUCAGAGGCCGUGGUGGCUACGGCUACGCUCCAAGAGGUGGCUACGGUUAUGCCCCUAGAGGUGGCUACGGGGGUUACGGUCCUCCUCCAAGAAGAGGUGGGUAUGGCUCUUAUGGUCCCCCUCCUCCAAGAGGUGGCUACGGCUACGGUGGCUACGGUGGUUAUGCCCCUAGAGGUGGUUAUGGCUAUGCCCCUAGGGGCGAUUAUGGUUACGCUCCAAGAGGUGACUAUGGCCGUGGUGGUUAUGCCUCCAGAGGCGAUCGUGAAUAUCGUUCUGGUCGUGGUGCUCAUUUAAGAGAACCUACCUAUGAUAAUCGUGCAGGUAAUGAUAGAUAUUCUCGUGAAGACUCUUCUUCUCGUGGUCCCAAUGAAGAAUCAAAUGGUGCUGAUGAUCGUGACAGACCUGAAGCCGGUGAUGGCUUCGCUAGAGGCCGUUAUUCUCGUUCUCCUUCAAGAUCUCCUGUUAGAAGAGACAGAUCAAGAUCUCCUGAACGUUAUUAA